AUGGGGACCAUGUCCAUGACCCUGGUCUUGGCCUGUUUGGCCGUCACUUCUGCAGCCUCGGAGGGAGGCCCCAAGGCUCCGGGACAGAGAGAACUGAGGCCACAGCACCUAGCCGAGCACCUUCAAGAAGUUGGCUAUGCGGCACCCCCCUCCCCACCCCAGACCCGACCCCUCCCCGUGGACAACCCCAACACAGCUCAGCAGGACCCUCAAUUUGAGGGGCAGAGGGAAGGUAGGGAGAGUCCCCGUCCCCUCGCCUUGCCCUGUCUAGAAGAAGGGACCAACUGCUCAUACCUUCCCUUUUCAGUGCAGCCCCCUCCCUCCCAGGAAGCGGUUCCUGCCCAGAAGGAAGAGCUGCCCCCGCGCCAGGUCCCUGGUGAAAGGAAAGUGGAUCACCCUCUCCCCCACGAAGCCAUCCCCAUUCAGGAACAGCUGCCCCCGCGCCCGCUCCCUAUAGAACAAAAAGAAGAAAAGCCAGCUCCCUUCCUGGGCCAGGGCCACCCAGAGCCUGAGUCUUGGAGUUCAGCCCAGCAAUGUCAACAAGGUCCACCCCAAGGGGGCUGGGGCCGCGGGCUAGACGGCUUCCCCCCUGGGCGACCUUCUCCAGACAAUCUGAACCAGAUCUGCCUCCCUGGCCGUCAGCAUGUGGUGUAUGGGCCCUGGAACCUGCCCCAGACUGGCUACUCCCACCUCAGUCGCCAGGGUGAAGCCCUCAAUUUGCUGGAGGCCGGAUAUUCCCGCUGCUGCUGCCGCCACAGCAGCCUCAGCCGCCUGGACUGUGCAAAACUUGUGUGGGAGGACGCAAUGACCCGGUUCUGUGAGGCCGAGUUCUCGGUCAAGACCCGACCCUACUCGUGCUGCACACAGCAGGGGGAGGCUCGAUUCUCCUGCUUCCAGGAGGAAGCUCCCCGGCCGCACUACCAGCUGCGGGCCUGUCCUAGCCAACAGCCCGGUGUUUCCUCGGGCCCCGAGCUGCCUUUUCCCCCGGGGUUGCCCACCGCGGACAAUGUCAGGAAUAUCUGUCUCCUGAGACGUUUCCAGUCUGUGCCACGCAACCUCCGAGCCACCGGCCACGCUGAGAGGCAGCUGCAGGCUCUGAGCCAGCUGGAACAGGAAUUCCAGCGUUGCUGCCACCAGGGACACAACCACAUCUGCACACGGAAGGCCUGGGAGGAUGUCCUUGAUGGAUACUGCGCCAAGGAGCAGGCUACAAAGACCCACGGACACCCCUGUUGCCGCCACGCCCCUAGCCCUGCCCGCAAUGAGUGCUUUGCCCGUCAGGCUCCCCACCCGAACUACGACCGGGACAUCUUGACUGUUAACAUCGGCCAAGUCACCCCCAACCUCAUGGGCCAUAUCUGUGGAAACGGAAAAUUUCUCACCAAGCAUGAACAGAUUCCUGGACUGAUCCAGAAUAUGACUGCCCGGUGCUGUGACCUGCCAUUUCCAGAGCAGGCCUGCUGUGUGGAGAAGGAAAAAUCAACCUUUGUUGAGAACCUGUGUGGUUCCCAACGUAACUCCUGGAGGGACCCUGCCCUCUGCUGUGACCUGAGUCGUGGGGACCAACAGAGCAACUGCUUCAACAUCCAUUAUCUGAGGAAUGUGGCUUUAGUGGCUGGAGACAUUGGUGCCGAGAGCCAAGGGGAGCAGGACCCAACUCAGGAAACAAAUACCAGCCCCACCCUAGAGCCCAAAGAAGAGUGA